AAAAUCACAGGUCCCAGCUGUUUCUGCUUGCUGACAGAAACUUCCUAGUGGUAGGCAAAAUGGCUUUUCAUUCUGUAUUUCUGGUUUUCUUAGCUGGUCUGGCACUUUUCUCCGAAGCUGCACCAUUGGACCCUCCUGAUGCCAAGCAUCCUCUUUCUGUAAAAGUUGUGGAUUCAGUCCGAGGAAGUCCAGCUCCAAAUGUUCCAGUUAAAUUAUAUAAAGAAGGUGCAGAUGGAUCUUGGGAACUGUUAAAUUCAAAACAAACCAAUGAAAAAGGAGGCCUCCCAGAGCUUACAACUAGAGAACAAUUUGUAGCAGGGUUAUACAAGCUUGAGCUUGAUACAGCCUCUUACUGGAAGAGUAUGGGCUUGAAUCCCUUCCACGACCAUGCCGAUGUGGUGUUCACAGCUAAUGAUGCUGGUAAUCGGCAUUACAAGAUUGCUGUUGUCCUUAGUCCCUUCUCUUACACAACUACAGCAGUAGUUAGUGACCCAGUGGAAUAGAAGCUGACAUUAAGCAUGAAAAUUCAGUUGUGUAAAUUAAAAUUUCCAGAAAUGAUAAGAACCUGGUAUCUGACUGUAUCAACAGCUUUAGAUUUCAUAGUAAAUCACCAACAGUAAGUUUUUUAUUCACUUUGUUUACCUUAGGAAGAAAGUGUAUUGACUUUGUUUCCAAAUUCUCUUCUAAAUAAAAGUAUUCUGCAUUUCUGUAUUGCCAGUAUUGCCCUUCAGAGUAGAAGUUUAGGAUUUGAAAAAAACACAUUAACAUUAUGAGAAAAUUUAUUGAAAUUCCAUUAUGGGGAUUCUGAGAAUAAACCACAAUCUUUCAUGAAGC